UGGUAAGGCGAAUUCUGGGUAAGGUAACGUGUAUAGUGCGUCCCCUCUCGUCAACUUCUCUCGUCAUUGCGCGACAUUGCACGACGUUGUCGUAAUGAGAUUCGCGAAAGAAGAAAGGUAACGCCGCGGACUAAGAUCGACGUGAACGAGAUGAGUGGCGCAGUACAGUGAAAAAGGGAGAGAGAGAGAGAGAAAGAGAGAGGAGCUGGUGAAUCACAACUUGGUUUCGUCGAAAGCUCGCAUUGAACACACCGCACAUACACACACGUAUACACGCACACACGCACGCUACAGACGAGCGCUCUCCUCCCCCACGCUCAACCGUCCGAGAAACGGAGCUCGCGAACGUGCGCCUGUCUCGCAUUCUCCUCAUCGGUUCCGGGGCGACGUCAAAGGCGUGUACGGCUACAGCGGUGCGCAUCUUCCUCGCUGCUGCGUUUGUUUCCUCUUCUCCGUGUCCCAACCGAACGUGAGACACGAACGCGAUUCUCCGUCGUCGCCGCCGCCGCCGCCGCUCGCUCGCUCUCACUCCGGUGCGUCACACGUUCGCGAUCGGCGAUCCCGAAAUUUCCACGUCGAGCCUGCGAAGUACCGCGCCAACCAUGAUCGAUCUAACAGUGAAGACUUUGGAUUCGCAGAAUCACGUCUUCUCCUUGGAAGACGACCAAAUCACAGUCCGCGGCUUUAAAGAGUACAUAGCAGAAUCCGUAGCGGUACCAGCCGAUUCGCAGAGGUUGAUUUAUUGCGGACGAGUGCUUCAAGAUGAAAAGAAAUUAAAUGAUUAUGAUGUCAACGGUAAGGUCCUGCAUCUGGUACAACGCGCUCCGCCCCAGCAUGGCCAGCGCGGAAACGACAGCGGGCAACAAGCGCAGGGGCCGAACAACAGGCAACAGCAACGAUCUCAUUACCGUCUCACGCGCGCUCAGAUGCAUGGGAACGCCAUGUACCUAGGCGCCAUGUCCGUGCCGGCGGAGUUCGUCGAGGGUCAUGCGUCUCCCGCAGGGAUACCGCAAUUGAGCAACAGCUUAUCGGGCAGUCGAUUGAGUCACGCCGGUCGCAUGCUCGAUCGCAUAAACGAAUUGAUCGACCGGCUCGAUGAUCCAAAUGCUCCGCUGCAUCCCACGCCAUCCGAGAUGUCGGACUACGCACAGCCGCCGGUACAGCAACAUCAGCAGAUAAUUACGCAGGAAGCUGAUGUGGAACAGGAUGAGAACGCUGAUGUUGCACGAGCCGCCGACGGUAGCGCCAGAAUUGCAGAAGCAGCCGCGGCUGCUAUCACGGCCGCUUUAUCCGCUGCUGGUGCGCGCGCUGUUACGUUGCUCCGAGGUGGCAAUUACAACGGUGCCGAGGGAAGAAGAGGCACGACGAGUGACGCGACUGAUAAUCAAAGCGACACCCAAGCACACUCGCAACAGCGUCAGCAACAGCAACAGCAGCAGCAACAAGCAGCGACGGAGCAGUCGGGGGCUACGUCGAGCAACGCUGGACAAAACAGACGGGCGCAACAACAAGACCUUCCACGACCGCCGCAAAUGGCCGAGUUAUUGCAGAGACUGUACAAUACCCAAGAUCGGCUGAGACCGUACUUGGAGCGUUACUGCGUACUCACGCUGGUCGAUCCAUCGUUACCACCCGGGCCUGGCCCGAACACCGUGGAGGAAAGUCAGCGUAUAGUGGACGGUGUCAGCGAGAUUUUACAUUACAUGUCGCACACCUGUCACGCGCUCAGCGAUAUCAUCAUUGACAUGAGCCAACCACCGCCGAGGAACCUACGUUGUAGGCCAAUAAUAGUGCAGCACUCGGCCAUUUUACAACCUGGUAUACCGAUUCAAGUGGAGGCUCAUAUCAGUCUGAACGGUCGCGGAGUUAACAACAACAACAGUAACGACGAGACGGCCGAAGCCGGCAAUCAGCAGAUGCCGCAGUCGGACAACAAUUCAGAGCCGGACAAUGCAUCGCGCGUCCACGCCGAGGAGAGUGGUCAGGAACGAGAGCCGGAUGGCACGACGCAGCCACAAACGGACCGACCGCAGCAGGAGCAAGGCCAAUCGCCCCUCGUGUUCAAUUUCCCAAACAACGUGGAGGUGCUGAUGGAGGUCAGUUCCGAAAGCAAUAUGGACGACGGAGCGAAUAAUGAACAGAGCACCGCUGGGGAGGGCAACAACGGCGGCAACGCUCGCAGAACCGGUGUGUUUCCGUUCGGUCCGGCUCCGCCGCCAUAUUUCAUGCGGAAUUUCAUGCAGGCCGUCGCCGGUCAUAUGGUGCACGGUGGUUUCGGUGCCACGACCAUAAGCACGUCGCGAACCCCACCCACCACCACCUUGUCUCAGAGCACUCCCGCCGCGUCGAUGGACAGCGGAAACGUGAAUUCCGGUCAAAGCACUCAAGCACGGAGCAACGUCGGCACUCACCCUACCACUGCGACGCAAACUCGAAGUACAUCGCGGCCGCACGUGUUCCAUCAUCACACUCACCCGGUGGGCCUCGGCAUGAGCAUUGGUUUGGGACUGGACUUUGACCCUUAUUUGCCGUGCAACUCGCAUCACGUGUACCGUACACCAACCAGCACACCGAGCACCAGCGCGAAUGGCGGCGUGACGACUUCCCAGACAACACGCACGACACCAACGACCGCGACGUCGACUACGGACGCUCCGCCGAGCCAAGCGCAAACCGCAACAACUUCAACGUCGACCAGCGCCAGCGCCACUUCCACGACCGGGACGUCGACGACGAACGCCGGCUUGAGCAACAGCAAUCUUUUGGGACACCUGUUACAGCACAUGCUGGAUGCUAGUCGGUCGCAGCCGAACAGCAACGCUCAGGAGGGUCUCGAGAGCAUGGUGCAGAUGCUCGGGAGUCAUAAUAUACACGUAGGGUACGUAAACGGCAGAAACUCAAUUGGCGACUUCACCUUGGCCGACUUAAUCGAGAGCGGUGGUUUGAACAUACAUGCUACCAGCAGGGAAGACAACUUGCUCUUCGAUCUUCUCAUAUUAGGGGCUCAAAACAUGACUGUCGACGGAAUAUUGAGACUGAGCUUGGGCGAAUGGGAGCCCAUCUCUCGUCUGCGCAGACCGCUGCGGGACUUUCUGUGGCACGUGUUCCCGAGUGCCUCGCGAAACGCUCUUCAGGAGCAGGUGACCGAAAACCUGCUCUCCCAGCUGCGACCGUAUCUCCGGGAAAUCUUAGCGUCCGAGGAAGACGCAGGUGGCAGAAGCGGCUCGCGCAUCGACGUCUGCGCGACCAUCGAGGCGCUGAUCACCCGCUACACAAGAGACAUACUUAGAAUCUUGUUCGAUACCACUUACGACGACGGAUGGUUCGCACAAGAUGCGUUGGACAUCGUGAAAAAUCUGGCCAAGCAGUUGUGCGCAGUGUUGCGAUACUCUAUACAAGGCGGUCAAGCCGGACUAGAAGCGAUUGUGACGCGCAUCCUGGACGACAGAUUGGAAGGUUCUCCACCCGCCUUUCGUCAGUGGAUAUUGGACGGAUUUCUUGAACAUUUCCGUGCCUAUUCCCAGCGCGCACCGCAACCCUCGGAUUCGGAGAUCGUCUCGCUUUUGGUGUACAAGGACUCACCGUCCCAGCAGUCAUCGGUACAGUCCUCCGCUUCGGCCCGUCAGCCUACUCAGACGUCACCCGAAGACGAGCCGAUGGAGACCGAGAUUCUAGAGCAGCGGCCGACGCGCGAGACUUCGGUGCCCGAGGACAGAGAAGAGGUUCCGGAAACAUUCGCUGGACACGAAGCCUUACCCUCGGAUUGGGUGCCGAUUAUCGCUCGCGACGGUGUGAGGCAACGUCGUCAGUUGCAGAUGCAGGGAGUGACGAAUAGCGGCGUGACGACGUUCAGUGACGCGUACCUCGGCGGGCUACCUACUAAACGCCGCAAGCUCAUCGAGCAACAGAAACCGCGCCUGCUGGUCAGCCCCACGCCGAACCACUCGACGAUAGCAGCGUCCAUGGAACGACUGGUGCGGGAGGGUGUCGGUCGAGCCGGCGUGGAGGAGGUCGAAGGUGCCGCCGUGGCUGUCGCAGCUGACCCCGCUGUUAGGCGUGCGUUCGGUCAAGCCAUCAGGGACUGCUUGAACCCACGCAGAUACGGCACGGCGGACUUCCCGGAUCCGCUGCGUUUCCCGAACGCCACUAAGUAUUUCUCGGACCAGGAGCGUCCACCGAAAUAAUAACAGCUUGGCAAGGUAUACAACAUGAUUUGAUUUAGAGAUAUGUUAUCGAGAAAGAGAAGGAGGAGUAGGGAGGGGAAGGAGAAGGUACACGUAGGCUAAUUCAAUAAUGAACCGACGACGACGGCUGUAGUGAGAAUCGACGCGCUUCUCGCGGGGGAGGUUCCUCGGUUUCCCUAAAUAUUGUAACAACGCGCAGAAAAGAUAUCGGUAUACUCUCCUGGACCCGGAGAACCGACGGAAUAAUCUCCGACGAGCGUGCGUGCGUGCGUGUAUGUAUGUCUGCUGCUGCUGUAUGAAACGUGUGAUCGGCGCUGCACGAAUGUGACGCACCUAUAUAUUUUCCAUAUCCCCCUUCUCCCCUCGAUAUCAAUGUCCGCUUCGAUAGAAAACACCGCUACUACCACACGGGUUACUUUUAUAACCGAUAAUUAACACACGCAUACAUAUACACACACACACACACACGGGGUGUCCGUGGGAUCGAACUUCCCGUCUGAUUUGUACCAAGGGAAAGUCGACAUCAAUUUCGCCGCUUCGGAGUUGCAUACGGGACACCCUGUAUAUGUAUACAUAUUAUAUAUAUAUAUUAUAUAUAUAUACAUAGGUGUGUAUAAAAAUUGUUAACUGUGCACCACAUCUAUUUAUAAUUUCCGCACUUACUGCAACAACAACGUCACUCUCUGUUACCGGACUCGGUUUCUUCUUUUCUUUUUCCUUCGUUAUCCGGUCUCUGUUUUUCGUUUCCUCAAAUCAGCCAUUUCGAGUUGUGGCGUGUGCGUGGCGGACGUUUCCUGAAGUAAGAGUUAAAAUAAAGUUGAAUUAUAUAUUAAUCACACACAACACACACACACACACACACACACACACAAAACAUACACACUCUCUCUCUCUCACCUUUUUCCGUAGAGUCGCAUUUGAGAAUGUGAGGGAACACUUUGCGUUAACGCCGGCAUUUCGUCGAAGAGCGACUAUGUGCAUUACACGCGUAUGUAAGAGCCUCACCGGGAUCUUGCCGGAUGCUUUUCUAUAGACAAUUGAUUUUCGUCGUCCGACGAACGGCGCCCCCCAGGACGACCGUUCACGGAACGGAGUCUUUCUACGACGAGCGAGUAGCCGGCAAAUCGACGCUGAUGUAACUGACUAUGCGCGUCUAUGGUAAACAUAGCGUACGUGAAAGUGGAGGUUUAAUCGUUCUAAUGCCCACAAACAGUUGUACGAGGAAAGGAAAUAAUAAUAAAAUAAAGUUAUGUAUCCCUUUU